AUGUGCCUUUUAUGCAACAAAGUUUUGGGCAAUGACGCUACGAAACCAUCUAAACUGCAAGAUCAUCUGAGAAGAUGCCACCCUGAUAAAACAGAGAAAGAUUUGAAAUACUUUCAAAUACUCAAAGAUAAAUUUCAGAAGAGACCUACACUGGACAGAAUGUUCGCUUCGACGUCACAACGAAAUGAUGAUGGUUUGCGGGCGUCUUACAAUAUCUCGUUACUUAUAGCAAAAUCCGGAAAACCGCAUACUAUCGGAGAGAAGUUAAUUUUGCCAGCCGUUGAAGAGGUUUUAAAAACUGUUUUACACAAACCUGCAUCUGAUAUCAUUAAAAGAAUUCCCUUAAGCAACAAUACUGUUGAAAGACGUAUUGAUGAAAUGAGUUCUGAUAUUGAAAGCUUCUUAUGUUAUUAUUUGCAAACGACCCAUUUCUCUAUACAACUGGACGAGUCAACUUUACCUGAUAAUGCAGCAUUAUUAUUGGCAUAA